CGGAACAGUGAUCUCCCUCCGCAAUGUCAGGAUCAACGGUGGCCCAAACAUUUUCUCUUGACCCUUUACCUGUGGGCCAGCAGCCAAAAUGAUCUCUGGCAGUUUGCAGAUACCUCUCUUGUUGAAGCGCUUCAAUGCAUUUUUGAUGUCGUGUAUCCAGAUCUCCAGUACAAGGGAUCUGUCUUUGGUGUUGUGCAUCUAGCAAUUUUUUUUGUAGCACUAUUGCUAACUCAUUGUGAUCUCAAUAAGGCUACUCAGCGUCUGGCAGAGUGGCGCAGCAACUUCGGUUCAACAGGACUCGCAAUUAUGAUCGACUUCUUCGCUCAGAACGAAGACACUAAUCCAAAAGACCUUAGUGAAGCGCUUAUGGAGGAGUUCGUGUUCCUCUUCAAGGACUUGGACUACUCAGACAAGAUGAAAGCAUUCCGGUCUCCUUUCAUGAUACAGUUAUUUGCAACCGCUCAUCUUCACAGUAUUGUUGGACAUGCUCAUGUCACCGCCAUCAAAACAGAUGUAUUGGCUGCCAGUGGCAUGGCUGGUGUUCUUGCUCUCUGCGCAACUUCACUCGAACGUGCUGUCAAAUGCCUCGGCGCUGGUGCCAUUGAUAUUGAUGUGGACAUCCUCAAUAUGUGUCCUGCACAACUGAAGCGCAAGCUGCGCACACCAAAGACCCUCAACAAGUGGACCGGCAACUACAGCACCACCGAGCACACAUUUUCCAUCAACAACUGGGGGUCAGUAACCGAAGCUUACUUGUCUAGCGUAAAGAAAAAGGGGGACAUUUUUUUGAGGGACAUGGUUUCAACAGCACAGAAGUUACUCAAGAAAUCGGGCAGUGCUGGCCUUGAGAAGUACCUUCGCCUCAAUGAUGACAACGAAUCAGAGGACAUCAACAGGCGUGCCAUGCUUUGGUAA